ACCAGCUUCCAUAUCAAACAGCUUCUAGAACAUUUCUUAUACAGACUCAGUCCAAGAUGAGUAUGGAUUAUGAGACAGCUUUGAGGACAAAACUUCACCAGCUGGAAUGUCACUUCACCUGGGCUCUGAUAAAAGAUGAUUUAGAUCUACCUAGUAUUCUCAAUAGGCUGGAUGAACAGCUCAAGUUGGAUGUUGGGAAAAAAGAAAGACUUGCACAAACUUACACUGCUUUAGCAUAUGUAAAGUUCCUUCAGGGGUUACAAAAAAAAUCACUUAGCAAUCUCAUGACAUCUGUGAAGCUUUACAAAGAGUGCCAUGAGGAGGAAUUCCACAAAGCUCUCAUUGUCACCUAUGGAAACCUUGCCUGGAUAAACUACCACAUGAAGAACUAUACAGAGUGUGAAAGUUACCUGCAGAAAGUCGAGAAGAUAAAUGAAAACAUUUCAUCAGAGUCUUCGUCUGUUCCAGAGGUGCUUGGUGAGAAGGGAUGGACCUUCCUUAAAUUUUCUUGCAAGUAUUAUGAGAGAGCCAAAGAAUGUUUCAAGAAGGCUUUAGAUUUGGAACCAGAAGAUGGUGAGUGGAACGCUGGUUAUGCCAUCGCUCUGUAUCGAACAGAAUAUGGAAAAUUCACGAUUGAGAAUUCACCCACAAUCAAGCAACUGAGACGAGCCAUUGAAACAAAUCCUGAUGAUGAUGUUCUUAAGAUCUUCUUAGCUAUGAAACUCGCUAUAUACAAAAGGUACAGGGAGGCUGUAAGCUUGGUAGAAGAGGCUUUAGAAAGAUCUCCAGAUCACCCACAUGUCUUGCGAUAUGCUGGAAAAUUCUUUAGAAAUAAAAGAUCUCUGGACAGGGGUAUUGAUCUGUUGAGCAAAGCACUUGAACAGUCACCUAAUUCAAGUCUCAUACAUCAUCAGUUAGCUCUCUGCUAUGAGAUGAAUAAAAUCCGAUUACUGCAGGAGGGAAAUCAUCACACCAGAUCAUCUUGGGUUCAACAGAUUCGUGAUCAGAUCAUCUACCAUUUAGAAAUGGCUACCACCCAUGCACCCUGCUUUAUCAAAGCUAUGAGUGAUCUAGCACUGCAUUACGGAGAACGGCGUGAGAUUCCACGAGCUGAAGAGAUGUUUCAGAUGAGUUUCAAAACAGCUAAAGAGAAAAAUGAUAAUCUACAUGUGGUUCAUUUUUAUUAUGCUGAAUUCCAGUUGUACGGCAACAGAUGUGAAGUUUUAGCUAUCAAGCACUACAUGGAAUGCCUGAAGAUGAGCCCAGGUUCACCUGAGGGGCAGAAAAGUGCUAGAAGUUUAAGAAAGAUUGCAGAGAAGCGGAUUUAUAAAAACGCACAGGAUGAGGAAGCCUAUGGGAUACUAGGGUUCAUUCACAAAGAAAAAGGAGAGAAGAGCAAAGCCAUUGAGUGCUAUGAGAAAGCUUUGAGUUAUGGAGACAAUGAUGAGUACCUCACUAAUCUUUGUGCUCUCAGACAGUCCAUGCAGUAAUGACACUAAGUUACCCACUUUAUCAGCAUUAUAUUGUGUGUAACAUAACAUUUGCUUCAAUUACUUGCACCAAUUUUACAAUUAUAAGAUAUUAACAAGAUGUAAUUUAUAAGACUAUAUUAUAAUUUAUAACACUAUAAUUUAGUUCUGUCUUUAAGUUCUCUUUCUAUUUGUCAGAAUAUACAAUAUAGCU